AUGACACGACCAGAUCAUCAUCAUCAUCAUCAUCAUCAUCAUUAUCAGAUGAGAGCAUCAAGCGACACUGAGUCUGAUGAUACAGUGGCCCGCGAGCACUACGAAGUCAGCGACACCAAGUGCGAGUUCCCUCGCCUGCCUCGAAAGGCCUCCUACAGACCGUUCAAACUAAUAGCACUAUACCUCCCCUGGAUAUUGAUUGCAUUAUUCGGGGUCCUUCAACUGGCAAUUUUUGGCAUCAUAAUUGCCUCCGUGAAUACCGAUAAUACCGGCUUUGAACCCGAUUCUGCCACAUUCGCACUUUACAAGAACAGCCGCUUCGCGCAUUGCUCUUCGGUUGCCCCUAGCCCCACGAAUUGCACUUCGAUAUUGAGAGGUCUUGAGAAGGAUUACAAAUAUGAAGUGUGGGAACAGGCGGGGGUAACAUACAUUCCCAGACCGACAAUAUAUGGGCUUGACGGUGAUUCGUUUGAAUGGUGCGAAAUCAUCAGUUGCUUUCAAGAUUUCAAAGUAAUUCCAUCAAGACCGCUACCUUCAGCUAUUCGAUUUACGGACCUAACGGCCUGGAGCAACGCGACUAUCUUCGCACUGCUUGCACUCUGGGGGUUCAACAAGCGAAACCGCGCUCUAUAUAAUGAAUCAUCUGUCUGCAAGGGACGCAAGGAGCUAGGGAUUAUUGAUUGGAUAGACAUUGCAUAUACCAUCGCUGGGCCUUUCGCCUGGUGGUGGAUAUCGUUCUUCCAACUGGUAACAGAUCCGGUCCAAUCGACAUCCCUUUCCAUUCUAGCCUGUGUUGCUAUCUGGAGUAAGGCCAUGGAUCUCAGAUUUCACCCCUACUCCUGCGCGCUUCGUCAACAACCCACCAUCAAACGCUGGGCACCCCGCGUGCUCUACACCUUGGCGUUGGUGCAGUGGGUUGCUACGAUAUACCCAUUGCUACAUCUCGGAUGGGAUGAUGGUUCCCUUUACACAAGCUACGAAUGCCUUCAAGACAGAAUUACAGCAGCUCCUGGGAUAUCUUCCUGCUCAGCAGAGGAGCUCUGCUCCAAAUCGUGGAUGCUCAGCUCGCUUCCGUUCUACUUUAACUUGAGCACUGGAGGGCCAGCCCUAUACAUCCUGACCUUCGCGUCUGCAACCGCCGCCGCCUUGUCCCCGACCGUCAUAACGCUCGUACAGACCAUUAGAAAGAAGGCUUUCUCAAACGACGAAUGGUCUUGGCGCGAAAUCAAAUUGCAUUGGCAUAGGUGGGACAUUGGUCCUAUCGCAGGGCCUGCAUCAGCGGGAAUACUCAUGACUUUUGCUCAGGUAUUUUACCUAUAUAUCGUCAUAUCAACGCGAAGUGAACGUAACCGCCAAGCACCGGUUACAUUCGAUAUUGAGUGUAAUGCGGUACAUGUAGGGUUAAGUUCGUGGAGGUAUUACCUUGACGUGAACGUUGCCUCUCGGGCUCUGCGGAUCGCGAAAGCGUGGUUUAAUGCUUAG